AUGAAGAAGCUACCCAAUGAACUUACGUGGCUCAAAGCACUCCUUAAAGACCUUGGGUUUGAGUCUGAUCAACCGAUCACCAUGCACUGUGACAACAACGCAGCAAUAAACAUUGCCACAAACUCAGUUUUCCACAAACGGAUCAAACAAAUUGAAGUAGAUUGCCAUAAGGUUCGAGAGAAGAUUGAAGAAGGGGUAAUCUUACCGUGUCACACUCCGAGUAAAGAUCAGUUGGCAGACAUCUUCACCAAGGCUGCGAGUCCUCAAUUGCGCAAAGUCCAGUACGCCGUGGCUCAAUUCACCGACUACGCUCUCACCUGGUGGGAUCGUCUUGAAGCCGAGCAGCGUCGCAACCGUGACCGACCCAUCACCGUUUGGGAGGUCUUGAAGGUGGAGAUGCGAAGGCGUUACGUGCCUCUGUACUACCACCGCAAGCUCCAGAAGAAGUUCCGGAGGCUCACGCAAGGCGCGCGAACCGUGGAAGAAUAUUUUGAGGAGUUCGAGCAUUUGCGUAAUCGACUUCAAGUCGAAGACUUGGAAGAGUCACUCAUGGCUCAGUUCUUGGAUGGAUUACAAGACAGGAUCGCGCGCAAGGUCGAACGCCGGCCUUAUCAAGGCUUCGAGGAGUUGUUGCAUCUGUCGGUUCAAAUUGAAAGUCAGAUCAAGAAGAAGAACGCCUCUACGAGUCGCACUAGAGCCCAAGGGGUUCCAAGUUGGUCUCCUAACGCGUCAACAUCGAAUCGGCCCCAAGAGAAGCCUAAGGCGACCGGCGUCGAUACAAGGUUCAAACCAAGGUAG